UGGUCCUGAAGGUUCAGAGAAUUGCUGCAGGAUAGAAAAGCACCUCAGGCCAGCUGGGCCGGCAGACUGGGCCAGCACAGCACCAGGAGGAGGCGAGGGCGCACUUGGGGGAAAUCCUGAAGAUGGCCAAAGAUGACUCCACAGUUCGUUGCUUCCAGGGCCUGCUGAUUCUUGGAAAUGUGAUUUUUGGUAUGUGCGGCAUCGCCCUGACCGCAGAGUGCAUCUUCUUUGUAUCCGACCAACACAGCCUCUACCCAUUGCUUGAAGCCACCGACAAUGAUGACAUCUAUGGGGCAGCCUGGAUUGGCAUGUUCGUUGGCAUCUGCCUCUUCUGCCUGUCCAUUCUAGGCAUCGUAGGCAUCAUGAAGUCCAGCAGGAAACUUCUUCUGGCGUAUUUUAUUCUGAUGUUUAUUGUGUAUGGCUUUGAAGUGGCGUCGUGUAUCACCGCAGCAACACAACGAGACUUUUUCACACCCAACCUCUUUCUGAAGCAGAUGCUGGAGAGGUACCAAAACAACAGCCCUCCAAACAACGAUGACCAGUGGAAAAACAACGGAGUCACCAAAACCUGGGACAGGCUUAUGCUCCAGGACCAUUGCUGUGGUGUGAACGGCCCGUCAGACUGGCAGAAAUACACUUCUGCCUUCCGGACUGAGAACAACGAUGCAGACUAUCCCUGGCCUCGUCAGUGCUGUGUCAUGAACAAGCUGAAGGAACCUCUCAACCUGGAUGCCUGCAAACUAGGAGUGCCUGGUUAUUACCACAGUCAGGGCUGCUAUGACCUGAUCUCUGGACCAAUGGACCGACACGCCUGGGGCGUUGCCUGGUUUGGAUUUGCCAUUCUCUGCUGGACUUUUUGGGUUCUCCUGGGUACCAUGUUCUACUGGAGCAGAAUUGAAUAUUAAGAGUACAGUGUCACCACGGUCUGCUUUACCCCGGGGGCUCUGGAAUUGGUGCUGGAACUGCUGUCUCCUGCUGGUCCACGUGUGCCCCCAGGAAGAUGUGUCCCCACAGGAACCUGUGUCCCUACAGGAAUGUGUGUCCCCAGGAACCUGUGUCCCCACAGGAAUGUGUGUCCCCAGGAACCUGUGUCCCCACAGGAAUGUGUGUACCCACAGUAAUGUGUGCUCCUAGGAACGUGUGCCCCCACAGGAAUGUGUGUCC